UUAAUUAAAAAGAAAAGAAAAGAUGCGGCUAUAGACGAUCUCAUGUAGCAUCCAAAUCUAGCGGCGAAAAGAAGCUUCCCCGGCAGUCUAAAACAGCAGUAGUCAUAUUUUUAGUAUAAUUUUCCUCCUUUUAGUUUGCUGUGUUAUGCAUUUUUGGCUAAAGGGUCCAACAGUUAAGAGAAACAAAGUCCUUUCUUUCCCCCCUUCAGAGAUGAAUCUUCGACCCUGAAAUUUUCACAAUGAGAUUGAGAUCUCAUCCACAUUUCACCUUCUUUUUCUUCUUGCUUUCAUUGUUCUUGUCUUCUUCUUCUUCUGUAAUUCAAGAUUUUAUCAUUUUUCAUAGAAGAAUUCUACACCAACCGUUGUUUUCGGUUGGUUCAUCUCCGCCUCCAGGCGCUGACACUUUUUUACCGUCACCGUCUCCGCCGGCUCCAGAUAGUCCUGUUUAUCCAGACCCAAGUCAGCCAUUCUUCCCUGAAGUUCCUUCAGGACCAGGGCAGACCGCAGAUCAGAAUCAACAGCCUACCCCACCAUCUGCGCCUACUAAUGGCUCGAUGUCAAUCCCAACUGCAACCCAACCUGCCAAACCAGCUAAAAAGGUUGCAAUUGCCAUCUCUGUUGGGAUUGUCACUUUGGGAAUGUUAUCGGGGCUUGCUUUCUUUUUGUACCGUCACCGGGUCGCUAAACACCCUGGGGAAACGCGAAAGAGGCUUGUUGGAGGGAACUCCGAUAGGUCGCAAGAAGACUCUAGGGUUCCACCCUCCAGCUUUCUUUACAUUGGAACCGUGGAGCCCAGCAGGAGAUCGGUGGGUGAAGUGAAUGGUGGAGCUAAUGGUUCGCCUUAUGGUAAGUUGAAUUCAGUGAGGAGGUCGGAUCGAUAUAGGCCGAGCCCCGAAUUGCAGCCAUUGCCUCCAUUGGCUAAACCUCUUGGACUUGAGAAUUCACCGACGGCAAUGCCAUCUCCAUCUUCGUCUUCUUCAGAUGAAGAGUCUCAGGGGACGGCUUUUUAUACCCCUCAGGGCUCAACGAUCAGCAAUGAAGAAAGCUAUUAUACUCCGGUUUCGCGUCGGGUUAAUGGCAAUUUGGUGACUCAGUCGAGGAAUGAAAUGAAUGGGAAAACAAAUUCUGUUCCUUGUUCUAAAAGAACUUCUCCCAAAACAAGGAUUUUAGCUUCUUCGCCGGAAAUGAAGCAUGUUAUUAUACCUUCAAUAAAGCAGCAACAGCAGCAGCCGCCUUCUCCACAUCCUCCGUCGCCACCAUCGCUACCCCUUCAACAGCCACAAGGUCUAGUACCGGAGCCGCAUGAGACUCAGGAAUUUACCCACGCAAAAAGGCCAAAAUUCUCCUCCCCUCCUCCACCUCCAAAUAUGGCACUACUUCGAUCAAUUAGCAACAAUUCAUCCCCACAAAGGACAAAAGUUCCUGUUCCACCUCCGCCACCGCCACCACCCCCUAUGCCGCCACCAGCAGCCGUAAAACUGUCAGUACCCAGGUCAGUAAGGAAUUUGAAGACCAAUGUGACUCCAAAACCUUCCCAACUGUUGAACAAGCAUGAAUCUCGGACCCCAAGUCCCAAAAACAGUGCAGUGAGUGGGGCUAGAAAGUCCAUGGAAGAGGUGGUUAGUUACAAAGGUGUCAGUUCUUCAGAGAAGACAGACGGGGAUGACAUGGAUAGUGCAAAACCCAAGUUGAAGCCUUUGCACUGGGACAAAGUACGAGCAACCUCGGAGAGAGCUACAGUGUGGGACCAGAUAAAAUCAAACUCAUUUCAAUUGAAUGAGGACAUGAUGGAGACUCUAUUUGGCUGCAAUUCAACUACAGCAGCACCACCAAAAGAACCUAUUAGAAGAUCAGUUCUGCCUCCUGUUAAACAGGAAAACAGAGUUUUGGAUCCAAAGAAGUCACAGAACAUUGCCAUACUGUUGAGAGCACUGAAUGUAACAAGAGAUGAAGUGUCAGAAGCUCUUUUGGAUGGUAACCCGGAAAGCUUAGGUGCUGAGCUUUUCGAGACUUUGGUAAAGAUGGCUCCCACAAAGGAGGAAGAAAUAAAACUUCGAGAGUACAGCGGGGACGUAUCGAAACUAGGCUCUGCAGAAAGAUUUCUGAGGACAGUGCUUGAUAUCCCCUUUGCCUUCAAAAGAGUUGAAACCAUGCUCUAUAGAGCCAACUUUGAUACUGAAGUACAAUAUUUGAGGAAGUCUUUUCAAACCCUCGAGGAAGCGAGUGACGAAUUGAAGAACAGCAGGUUAUUCCUCAAACUCCUUGAAGCUGUUCUUAGGACAGGAAACCGGAUGAAUGUUGGCACCAACCGUGGUGAUGCUAAAGCUUUUAAGCUUGACACCCUUUUGAAACUUGUUGAUAUAAAGGGAACUGAUGGGAAAACUACACUGCUACACUUUGUGGUUCAAGAGAUCAUUAGAUCCGAAGGUGCUGGUACUAACUCUACCGAUGGGAAUCAUGAAAAUAAAAUGGCCUCCAACUUUAAGGAGGAGGAUUUCAGGAAACAAGGAUUGCAGGUUGUGGCUGGGCUGAGCAGAGACCUCAGCAAUGUCAAGAAGGCGGCUGGAAUGGACUCGGAUGUCUUAAGCAGUUAUGUGUCAAAGCUUGAAACAGGGCUCGAGAAGGUCAGAUCAGUUCUACAAUAUGAGAAGCCAGAUACGUCUGGGAAUUUCUUCAACUCCAUGAAAAUGUUUCUAAGAGAUGCUGAAGAGGAGAUUGCUAAGAUAAAGGAUGAUGAAAGAAAAGCUUUAUUGCUUGUGAAAGAAGUUACUGAAUAUUUUCAUGGGAAUGCAACAAAGGAAGAAGCUCAUCCUUUAAGAAUCUUCAUGAUUGUGAGGGAUUUCCUGUCAAUAUUGGAUCAUGUCUGCAAAGAAGUGGGGCUAUUGCAGGAUAGAACAAUGGUGGGUGCUGCUAGAUCCUUUCGGAUAUCUGCAACGGCUUCACUGCCAGUUCUUAGCAGGUACAAUGUGAGACAAGAUGGAAGUUCAGAGGAUGAAAGCUUGGCUCCUUGAAUUUGUGUGAAUACAGGUCCUAAGAAAACUCAAACCUCGGUUUUUUUCCAACCAAACCAACAUCUAAGAUACUUCUCUUUUCCAUUACAACUUAAGCAUUAGUUCACAUGGAGACAUAGCUGAUGGCUAAUGUAAAGCCAGAAACUAUGUGACAAUAAGGUUAGAUUGUGGGAAAAAUUGAAGGAUGCCAUCAUAUACAUAUCUGGCAAUGAAAUGGAUGCCAAAAUGAACAACAUGCCAGUUCAGAGAAACACAAAAAUAUAGUUAAUUUCUUUUGUCUGCUUCAUCACACAUGUAAUAGUUAAGAGAUUAAAAUUUCUUCUUUAGAUCAGAUCCCUAUACAUUUUUGAGUCAAAAUGAUGUUCUUUGAUA